AUGAAGAUACUAUCGAUUUUUGUUUUGUUCGGAUUGCUGGGGUUGAAAGUGCCGGAGUGCCGUUCAUUGAAAACUUUGGGAUCACAGCUGGAGUACCAGGCAAUAAAUUGUCGAAAGCAUAGCGCAUCACUGACGGACUUCGGAGCCGUGGGCGAUGGAACAACGGUGAACACCAAGGCCUUUCAGGCGGCAAUUAAUCAUCUCAGUCAGUUUUCCUCUGACGGUGGUGCCCAGCUCAUUGUUCCGCCAGGAAAAUGGCUGACGGGGAGCUUCAAUCUCACCAGCCAUUUCACCCUUUAUCUUCAGAAGGACGCUACUAUCCUUGGUUCUGUGGAUGAGAGUGAGUAUCCAAUUAUUGAUCCUUUGCCUUCUUACGGAAGGGGAAGAGACGCCCCCGGUGGAAGAUAUAUCAGCCUCAUUUUUGGAACCAAUCUCACCGACGUUGUAAUCACAGGUGACAAUGGCACGAUCGACGGCCAAGGUGAACAUUGGUGGGGCAAGUUCCACCAAAAGAAAAUCAAAAAUACCAGACCCUACCUGAUUGAAAUCUUGUACUCGGAUCAGGUCCAGAUAUCCAAUCUCACCUUGGUCAACUCUCCUUCAUGGAAUGUUCAUCCCACUUAUUGCAGUAAUGUUAUAAUCCAGGGGAUUACUAUCCUCGCUCCAGUCAAUUCUCCCAACACCGACGGGAUCGACCCAGAUUCCUGCAAUAACGUUAGAAUUGAGGACUGCUACAUAGUAUCUGGAGAUGACUGCAUUGCUGUAAAAAGUGGUUGGGAUGAAUAUGGAAUUGCUUUCGGGAUGCCGACACAGCACCUCAUCAUCAGAAGGUUGACAUGUAUUUCUCCGACCAGCGCUGUCAUCGCGCUGGGAAGCGAGAUGUCCGGCGGCAUCCAAGACGUCAGGGCUGAAGACAUCGUAGCCAUCAACUCAGAGUCAGGCGUGAGGAUUAAAACUGCUCCAGGAAGAGGAGCAUACGUCAAAGACAUAUAUGUGAGAAGGAUGAAUAUGAACACCAUGAAGUAUGUGUUCUGGAUGACUGGCUCUUAUGGGCAACACCCAGAUGAAAAAUAUGAUCCCAAAGCGCUCCCAGAUGUCCAUGGGAUCAAUUGGAUGGAUAUGACUGCUGAAAAUGUGACCAUUCCUGCAAAGUUGGAGGGAAUUAAUGGAGACCCAUUUACAGGUAUAUGCAUUUCGAAUGUGACGAUUGGGUUGUCUCCAAAACCAAAGAAAGUGCAAUGGAACUGCACCGAUAUUCAGGGAGUUGCCAGAGAUGUGACCCCUCCGCCGUGCGAUUUGUUGUCCGAUCAGGGGUCGACGGGGAGUAAGAGUUGCUCUUUCCCUACAGAUAGGCUACCCAUUGAUGAUGUUCAAUUGAAGAUAUGCUUUGUUAUUUCUUCCCUUGUUUUUGCUAAUCAACCGUCCACCAUUUGGACCUUUGAAGCUGAUGUUCUAAACUAUAGUAAAGGAAUCAAGAAGGAUGGAUUUGGAUUUACACUUGUCAAUUUUAUGCGGUUAUGUCAAACGGGAAAGAAUUUGCAUGAUGAACCAUUUGUUUUAACAUCUCAAGUAGAACAAGUAUUUUAUGUAAAAGAUCCAAUCGAUAUUGAUUGGAAUGCUGUUGUGAUAAAAACAAGAGAAUUAUAUGAUAUGCAUGAAAAUGGCUUAGAAGAUGAUAUUGAAGCAAAUUUACAAAGCAUAUCAUGUUAUGAUCAAAGCAUGGAUGAUGAUAUUAGUUGGGAUAGGCCAUGUGUAGAUAGUACAAUAGUUUUACUUGACAAUGAAGAGAACCAUCAAGUUGAUAUUGAACUUGAAGAGUGUUGA